UUUGAGUCAGGUUCAGUUUGGAUUAAUAAUCUGAGUUAACGAAAAUUUCAAUACAAAACUAAUCUAUCAUUUAAGAAAUAUUCAAAAUUAAAUAAAACAAUUUACUAAUUUUAAAAUUUUUGGAUGCUCAAUUCGAAUCAGUAUCCAGUCUCUAAAAUACCUAAAAGUUCCACGAGGACAUUUUCUUGAAACCCCGGAUUUUGGGUUCUCUAGCUUGGAAAAGAGAGAAAGAGAGGCUUUUGCGUAAAGCCCAUUGGGCUUUAUACUUCCCACCUCCAUGUCCGAUUACUCUUCUUAUCUCUUCAAGAAAACUCUAGAACUUGUCUUCAAGAUUUAUUAUAGCUCUCAGCUUCUCUGUCACCUCAGUAGAAGAAAAUGUCGAUCAUUCCAAUCAACGAUCGCCGGAGUAUCUCUCCCGAAGAUAGAAUCUGGGAGCCAUUCGAACUCAUGAACACCUUCUUCGACUUCCCCUCACCUUCUCUCCUCCUCCCUCGCCACUUCCCCUCACUCUCUUCACCAUCCACCGUCGAAACCCAACUCUACUGGACGGAGACUCCGACUGCUCACGUUUUCAAAGCGUAUCUUCCUGGAACGACUCAGGAUGAAGCGAUCGUGUUCGUGGACGACGAAGGAUACCUCCAGAUCUGCGCGGGAGACAACAAGUUCAUGAGCAGAUUCAAGCUUCCCGACAACGCCCUGAAGGAUCAGGUGACGGCGUGGAUGGAGGAGGAUGCGUUCCUCGUCGUGUUCGUCGCGAAAGAUGGUACUUUUUCCCAGACGCCGCCGGAGAUCGAGGAUAAUCGCAAUGUGAGAGUCGUGGAGAUCACCGGCGAUGAUGAUUAAAUUAAGUCUGGGGACUUUUGAAACCUGUGUACUAAAAUAAACAGAGUAAUCAUGUAUUUAGGUUUGUGAUCGGAAGUCCUUUGUGAGCUUGUGUGAAGUUUCUUGUCUUAUAAACGAAUCUGUGUCGUUUUACUGAAUUGGAAAAAAAAAAGUAUGUAUAAUAGAGAAAAUUUGGAAGGAA